CAAUUGCCAAAUCAGCCAGCCUCUCCCGUCUGCUGAAAAUUAUUAUAAAAUCCCAAUAACAACUAAUUUCUGAAUGAAUACUAAAUAAAACGGUGAUUUAUUGCAUAUGUGGCUAGACUCGAGUUGCUGCAAGCACACUUGAUCAGCGAUAUGGCCACGUAUGAGGAGUUUAUUCAGCAGAAUGAAGAUAGAGAUGGAAUACGUUUCACGUGGAAUGUAUGGCCUUCAAGUAGAAUCGAGGCUACUAGGUUGGUGGUACCAUUGGCAUGUUUGUACCAGCCGCUGAAGGAAAGGCCAGAUCUGCCACCGAUUCAGUAUGAACCUGUGUUGUGUACACGAAAUACAUGCAGGGCGAUCUUGAAUCCUAUGUGCCAGGUGGACUACAGAGCCAAGUUAUGGUCCUGCAACUUCUGUUUCCAGAGAAACCCUUUCCCUCCGCAAUAUUCAGCGAUAUCGGAGCAGCAUCAGCCUGCGGAGUUGAUCCCCAACUUUUCCACCAUAGAGUACACUAUUACUCGGGCGCAGACAAUGCCUCCUAUCUAUCUUCUGGUGGUGGAUACUUGCCUGGAUGAGGAGGAACUCGGAGCACUGAAGGACUCACUCCAGACUUCCCUCAGUUUAAUGCCACAGAAUGCUCUUGUUGGUUUAAUUACAUUUGGUCGUAUGGUGCAGAUACAUGAGCUUGGUACAGAAGGCAUAUCAAAAUGCUACGUGUUCAAAGGCACCAAAGACCUGACAGCGAAACAGAUUCAAGAGCAGUUGGCGAUCGGUCGUGUGAACGCUCCAAAUCCACAACAGAGACCAGGCGCCCCCGCGCCGCAGCCACCAGCGCACCGCUUCCUACAACCUGUCAAGACUUGUGAUAUGGCAUUAACUGAUUUGCUUGGCGAACUUGGAAGGGAUCCAUGGCCAUUGGGUGUAGGAAAGAGACCUCUACGAAGCAGCGGAGUUGCUCUCUCUUUGGCAGUUGGUCUUUUGGAAGUGACUUAUCCCAACACUGGUGGUAGGAUCAUGCUGUUCCUCGGAGGACCUUGCUCCCAAGGCCCAGGUCAGGUCGUCAAUGAUGAGCUGAAGCAGCCUAUUCGUUCCCACCACGAUAUUCACAAGGAUAACGCUAAGUACAUGAAGAAGGCUAUCAAGCAUUACGAAGCUCUUUCUCUAAGGGCGGCGACAAAUGGCCAUUCGAUUGAUAUUUACUCUUGUGCUUUGGAUCAGACUGGUCUUAUGGAGAUGAAGCAGUGUUGCAAUUCUACUGGCGGACACAUGGUGAUGGGAGACUCGUUCAAUUCCUCACUGUUCAAGCAGACAUUCCAGAGAGUCUUCGCCAAGGACCAACGGGGAGACUACAAGAUGGCUUUCAAUGGGACUUUGGAAGUCAAAUGCAGUAGGGAACUUAAAAUAUCUGGAGCGAUCGGUUCGUGCGUGUCGCUGAACGUGAAGGGCCCGUGUGUGUCCGACCAGGAGGUCGGCAUGGGCAACACCUGCCAGUGGAAGAUGUGCACCUUCACACCUAGUACUACCAUGGCGAUAUUCUUUGAGGUAGUGAAUCAACACGCAGCGGUCCCGCAGGGCGGGCGUGGCUGCGUGCAGUUCAUCACGCAGUACCAGCACUCCAGCGGACAACGUCGCGUCAGAGUCACCACUGUCGCGCGCAAUUGGGGUGACGCGGCAGUGAGCCUGCACCAUAUAUCUGCCGGUUUCGACCAGGAAGCGGCCGCAGUAGUGAUGGCCCGCCUUGUAGUCUACCGCGCUGAGCUAGAGGACGGACCCGAUGUACUACGCUGGCUUGAUAGGAUGCUUAUCAGAUUGUGUCAGAAGUUUGGCGAAUACGGCAAAGACGAUCCGAACAGCUUCCGCCUGUCUGAGAACUUCAGCUUGUACCCACAGUUCAUGUAUCAUCUGCGACGUUCACAGUUCCUGCAAGUGUUCAACAACUCGCCUGAUGAAACCACUUUCUAUAGGCACAUGUUGAUGCGUGAAGAUCUAACACAGUCUCUCAUCAUGAUCCAGCCGAUCCUAUACUCGUACAGUUUCGGUGGUCCCCCGGAGCCUGUCCUACUCGACACGUCUUCCAUCCAGCCCGACCGCAUCCUUCUCAUGGAUACUUUCUUCCAAAUACUUAUUUAUCAUGGAGAGACAAUAGCGCAAUGGCGUGAAUUGCGCUACCAAGAUAUGGCUGAGUACGAGAGCUUUGCGCAACUUUUGCGGGCGCCUAUCGACGACGCGCAGGAGAUACUGCAGAGCAGGUUCCCCGUCCCGCGGUACAUCGACACAGAGCAUGGUGGCUCACAGGCCCGGUUCCUCUUGUCGAAGGUCAACCCUUCGCAGACCCAUAACAACAUGUACGCGUACGGAGGGGACGGUGGCGCCCCCGUGCUGACUGACGACGUUUCGCUGCAAGUGUUUAUGGAACAUCUGAAGAAAUUGGCUGUAUCGUCCACAGCUUAAAAAACAAUAUGGAGUCUCACUUGCUUCAGAACUGAUGGCUAUUAGGUUCAAAGUCCUUUAUGCAUGUUUGUUCACUUAAAGUUGUACGCGAUUGUUCUGUUGAAUGAAGAAACUCAAUAUUAAGCGAAAACAGCCUUUAUGUACAGUGCAAUUACAGUUUACAUUAACAAAAGUAUUUCUUUACCUACGAGGCAGAAAAGUCGCGUAUCACGUUGACUUUUAUAGUGUUAUGUAC